GGGAAAGGCGUUCUGGAUGCUGGAUGCGGCUGCCUCCAGAGAGGCAGGCCCGAGAAGUGGCAAGGCUGGAGCGGCCGAGAUGGGCUCAAGGUUUGGGCUCCCGCUGUCCGCACGUAGCCUCUUUGGCUCCAAGCCGUCUCGACAGCCCCUCGGCCACGCGCUUGCUUGCCCAGCCUCCGCCGGAAAAAAAGCCCGGCCGAUCAGAGAUGGCCCGCUCCGCCCUCGCCGCCGCCUGCGUGCUCGCAGCCCUGGCCUGCGCCGUCUACCGUGGAGCCCGCGCCUUUGUACCCGCGCCGCAGAGCCCCGCCCUGCGCGGCGAUGCGCUGGCGGCUGCCGGCAUCCUCGCCGCCGCCACGCCCGAGGCGGCCAACGCGUUCACGUACAACGGCAAGGAGUACUUCGACGUCUUUUACGGCAUCAGCCCGCUGUAUUGGGCCGUGUGCGCGUUCGGCAUCGUCUUCUACGGCGCCGUGCUGAAGAACGCCGCGCUCAAGUACAACACGCCCUACGGCACCACCACCAACCCGGACGCCAAGCCAGUGGUCACCGGCAAGUUCGUGGGCAUGGAGGUUGAGACCAACCAGACCGAGAACUACAACUACAAGGGGAAGGACUACAUCAACAAGUAGAGGGCCCGCGGGAGGGGGACGCCACCCCUGGGGGCGCCGGGCUUCCGGCUCGAUGCGUGAAGGUCGACCGUCCCUCCGUGCCGCGAGCUCCCGACUGGCGGGCCGCGGAGGAGGCGCAUCUCCGGCUCGCGUUCUCGAGGCGAGCUCUCGUUUUUUUUUUGCCAGCGAUUGGCCGCCGUCUGGCCGCUCCGCACAACAACGAUGAGUCGAGAACGACGAGGAGAUCGAGACGGAGGUCCGUCGUCGUUUUCGGCCCUGCGGGGCCCUCGAGCAGAAUCAAGGCCUCGGGCGUCUCGAAGGAGAUCGAGACGGAGCCCUGUUUUAUGGCUGGGUACGGCGAAGCACCGCCGCCGGCUGCCGUUUGGAAGCGCCUAUGUGUGGCAUAACGUUGCGGCCAGAGCUCGGCCAAGCUGUCGGGCGGUGUGCUCCCCCGGGCCGUUGUGGAGACCCUCGAGGGAGGCGUCGCCCGAUAUCGGAGACGCUUGCGGCGAAUCGCCGCCGCGCCCUGCCCUUGUCUUGGGUGUUGCUGAAAGUGCCCCUGGCCCAAGGUGCCCCCUGUUUUUCGACGUUGCGGUGAGAGCUCGGCCAAGUUGUCGGACUGUGUGCUGGCCUGAGCCGUUGUGGAAACCCGUCGGGGAGCACGUGGGGGAGAAAGAAG